AUUAAAUUAAAUGGAGAUUGAAAAUAAAGUCCAGUCGGCAGAGAAAUGUCCUUUGCAGAUAAUUCAGCACAAUGACGCUACGUUUAUUGGUUGCGAUUCAAGCAACCGCGAUUUGGAAAAGUGCCGCAGCUGCCUCACUUCCUUCUGCCGUAAACCCAUUAAGAUUUACCAUAAUUCCCGGAACUAUCUGGCCUGCGAGGUCCAGAGAUCACAAUCUAUAAAUUCCAUAAAGUCACUGCCAGUCAAAUUUCCAUCAACACCAAAUAGAUCACUUAACACAGAAAAGGAUUGGUCGCAUGGUAAAAGGUGUUUACAAUGCGCAGCUCCCAAGUGCAAAACAUCUUCCAGAAGUUCCAUUCAGUCGAAAAAACUGAAAAAAGAUAAGAAGUCUCUGUUAAAGGAAUUUGAAAUAUACAAAAUUCCUAUCAUUCGACGCAAGCCUAUAAAACAAGCUGUACUAAGGGAAACCAAUAAGUACCGAAGGCUUCACAACGCCAAUCCCCUGAAAAUGGAUGAAAAACUUUGUUCCUAUGCACAGGAGUGGGCAGAUCAUUUGGCUGAUCUGAACAAACUGGAAACUCGACCUAAUCCUCUUUACGGCGAGAAUAUUAUGCGUGUCCGGAGAUCCAAAUUCUCCGUGGAUCAAAUACUGAAACUCUGGUACCAAGAAAAAUACAACUACGAUUACUUAAAGCCAGGCUUUAAUUUGUACACUGGACAUUUUACCCAGUUGGUUUGGAGAGAGUCAGAGUUCCUGGGAGUGGGCGUGGCAUGCGAUGUUUCCUCCAUUUGGAUUGUGUGCAAUUACCAUCCGCCUGGAAAUGUAAGCGAACAUUUCAGGGAAAAUGUCCUGCCUAGAAAAUUCCUUCUACUUAAAUCGGACUUGGAUGCCAAGGAAACUAGAAAAUCGAAACAUCACAAUUUAAAAUAGAAAAUGGUAAAUAAAACAAACAAAUACUGGACCUAG